UUUUACUGUCAAAUUGUCAAUCAAUGCAAAUUUUGUAAAUGCAAUGGAUCGUGUACCGAUUUUAGUAAAUUUUAUUAUUUAGUGUAGAAAUAAAAACAAUUAUUCAACUUCAAUAGUUACAAUCAUGAAAGAAAAAUGGAAUUUUAUUUUGUAUCUAGUUUGGUUUUCGUACUUGGUUCUGUCAGCGGUGCUGAUGUUCGGGCAUGGAUUCCUGUUAUCCCGUAAAACUCUCAGUGAUGUUACUGAAUGUGUGCCGCUCGAUAAGUUUGGAUGUGAUGGCCAUGAAAAUUCUACUGUGAAGGAUUAUUGUCACGAGGAUGAAAAGAUUCGGCGAAUUUUGUCUGUGCCUGGGGGUCCACUGGCUUGCGUCCCGCAGCGGUCCAGGGUGGUGUUUUUGUUAGUGGAUGCUCUGCGGUAUGACUUCACGGAGUACGACGAGAGUAUAACGAAUCCGCUGCCUUACCAAAACCGGUUGCCGGUGAUGCGUGAGAUGUUGGACCGGUGGCCGGAUCGCGCGCGCCUCUACCGGUUCAUGGCUGAUCCUCCGACCACCACGCUCCAGCGUGUCAAGGCGCUGGCGACAGGCUCGCUGCCCACUUUCAUUGAUGCAAGCUCUAACUUUGCAGCUAUGGAGUUACAGGAGGACAAUAUCAUUGAUCAGGUGGCCAAGAAUGGUGGGCGAGCAGUACUGCUGGGAGAUGACACAUGGUCCCGCUUGUUACCAAAGCGGUGGCUCAGAUCUCAUGCUAUGUAUUCAUUCCAUACUUGGGACCUUGACACGGUUGACACAGAGGUUGACUCAAAAAUAUAUGAUGAACUUAGAAGAGAUGACUGGAACUUGCUUGUCGCACAUUACUUGGGCGUAGAUCACGCUGGACAUCGGUACGGGCCCAACCAUGCGGAGAUGACCAGGAAACUAGAUGAAACUAAUGUAAGACUGAAGAAAGUAAUGUCUAUGCUGCCACCCGAUGUACUCUUGUUUGUGGUUGGAGACCAUGGAAUGACUGAAACAGACUCACAUGAAUGGACCGACUCAGAGGGUGACCACGGCGGAGAAAGCAAAGCCGAACGCACUGCAGCAUUCUUCGCGUACCGAGGCGCAGGCCUGGCCGGGACUGGGGCCGACAUACUGACCGGCACUGAAGUACAACAGACUGAUCUAGCGCCUACCCUCAGUGCGGCGUUAGGAAGACCACCACCGGCGCCUUCCCUAGGACAUCUGCUGUUACCAGUCUUACCUAAAUCUAGUAUCAGUCACACUCUGCUCCAUAUGACCAAUAAUUUAAAACAGAUAACACAAUACAUGAUCCGCUACGGAGAGGAAUCACAACAAGUGUCGCUCGACCGACUCGCGCAUCUUAUCAAUGCGACGCGGGAACAAUUACACAAAGCCGCCACCGUCGAGACUGAGGACGAGCUAAAUAAUUACGUUGCGGAUGUCAGGGCCCUAGUUGACAACGUACGCAAUGUCUUCCGUGAAGUUUGGGUUGAAUUUGACUCUCUGUCUAUGCUCAGAGCUCUCUUACUUCUUCUAUUGGCAAUAUUUUUCAAUUGGUUAAUAACAGAAGGCAUUCCUAUGGAACGGCUUCCCAAUGUCUUUGCUAGUACUUUUGUCCCCACUGGACUUAUUUCGAUGGCUCUUUGUGUAGGAGUUUGCUAUACAGCUUUCUACUUUAAAGUUCUAGAAGAUUUGGAACAUGCUAUCAUCUUGAGCACUGGUCUUGUAUCGGCGUGCGUGACUUGCAUAUUGAUCAUUAUGCAUUGGGAUGGGAUCGCUCAGAGAUGGUAUGAAGGACGGUCGCAGUUCUAUGAACGUUUCGCACGCGCGGCUCUGGUCGCUUCGGCGGCUGUUUUAGUAUCAAACAGUUAUAUCAUCGAAGAAGGCGCUACCCUCGCGUUCUUGUCUAUGACUGUGCUAGGUUUAAUGGCGUGGAAUGUAGGAAAUGCAACUGCUUUGUUAUAUUGGGUCGGGUGUGGUGUUGUAUUGGCGGGAACUAGGUCUUAUAGAGGCUGUAGGGAGGAACAAGGAGAUUGUUGGACGGCCGGGGCUGGUGUCCCCACAGGGCAGUCUUCAAGGCCGGCUUUAGUACUUGGCAUGGGAACUGUGGCAGCUGUGGUUGCUAUAUGCCGGCGCCAUGUUGGUUGGCGAGGUUAUUGCACUGUGGCUGCUGGUCUGCUGGCCUGUUCUCAUUGGGCGACUGGUUACGGGUCGUUAGGAUCUCCGAGUCGUGCGAAGCUGCUAGCCAGGGCCGCUUGGCUUUCUCUAGCAGUCAUGUUGGCAUUGCUAUGGAAGCGCGAAGGUCGCGGCGCCACGCUGCCUCUAAUGGCCUGUGGUCUGAUGUUGUUCGUCGCCAAUACAUUAGUGCUAGGCGUUUCAUACGCUCCAUCAGCUGUAUUAGCAUUAAUUCUCGCGUGUUUAGCGCUGAAUUUAGUCGCUAAUCUGAAGAGUGAAGGAUCGAUUAAGUUUUCACUGGCAACCCGAUGCAACUCAAGUGUAGCGUGUAUGUGGGCGUUAUUGGCGUCUUAUGCUUUCUACGCGACAGGGCAUCACGCCACUCUGGGCCAUGUCCGAUGGGCGCCUGCCUUCCACGCCGGGGAUCCUAACUAUUUAGACAUUGGACCUCCCAUCACUGCCUCUCUUGUCUCACUUGAAUUAUUUGGUACCCUAUUCGCGUUUGGUGCGGCGGUACCCUUGUUAGCGUUAUGGGGUCAGAACGGUGCGGCCCGAGUGGGGCCCCGCACACAACUAGCAGCUGUCUUCUCAUUGUGCCUCAAGUUUAUGCUCUGCUUUGCAGUCAGGGUAUUCGCAUGCGCGAUCUCAGCAACAAUCCACUGCCGUCACCUAAUGAUUUGGGGUGUAUUCACUCCUAAACUCUUGUUCGAGAGCGGCGCCUGCGCGGCCGCGUUACUCGGCACACUCCUCGGCGCCACUCUCGCGGCCUGGCACUUGCCGACGCAACACCGCUCCAGUUGACACAAACAAUAGCGAGAUAGUUUUAUAUGGACUGCAUCAGGGGCCUCGGAGUGAAUGUUAAAUUUUGAUGAUCGUAUUGAGGGUCUACAUGUAGGGACGGCAUGGUUGAGGGUUGAAAUUUUUGCCAAAGGAUAUUCAAACUUAUCACGAAGGAAUAUGACAUAAAAUCCAGUGUUUUAAAUUGACGUUGUGGCUUUGAAAAUGCUUUCUUGGGUUGGUUUUGGACUAUAUGGAUCCCUUAGCACGUCACGGUAUUUCUUGUAAACGUCUAUCUAUAAGGGGCUCGAUUCUGCUAAUUCUACUUAAGCGACAUUUGAUUGAUAUCCAACUGAAAUCCAAUCACGACUCAAGAUUGCAUUGUUAUCCAAUUUUCACAUUAUUACAUUAGCAGAAUUGAAUCCCAGUAUAUGUCCAAAAUGAUACAGAGUAUAAGCGGUCUGUGUAGGUGGCAUAUUGUCUGCCAUGCCGUUCCAAUAUGUCUGCCUUUAGUAGUACCAAUUUCAUAAAAUUAUUGUAGAGUUGAACUUUAUCUUAUCUUCACUAGGCAAGCAAUAUUCCUGUGCCAUCCGUUUUUAAAUAGAUAACUUUGGAUCAUGUUAUAAAAUUGUGCUGUGUAGUCUAUUUCAAUUAAUUUUAUUACAUUGUUCAUUGUUCUUUAUGGUUUGCUCUUAAAUUUAUACCGUCUUACCACAAAAACUUUUAAACGUAAGUAAGGCCAAUAUUGUUUUAAUUCUGCCUGCUUUUUAAAGACUUCGACUGUGGUACACAUAAGUCUAAAACGCAUCUGAAUUGUAGAUCCUUACUCAUUGAAGUAUUUUCAGUAUAAUGUUUGAAGGCCAAAAUAAAUUGUAUGUGCUGAAAAAUUGACUAGGUAUAGUUUACGAGGCCCUUACGUUAUUACGCUUGGUCAGACUGUUGUACACUAAAAUAAUCUAAGAAUUGUUUUGGUCGAGAUUAUCGAGAUAUUAUUAUAAUGCAUGCGGAUGUGAAAGACGUUUGUAAUGUUACGUUUUAUUGGAAUGUUUACUGCGUGAGAUGCGAAAUUCUUUUACGAAGUACGGGUUUCAUUUUGUGCUUAAUGGUUGUAUUAAUUUUAAUAUCGUUUUAUAUAAUGAUGACGUGAUGUCUACCCAAAGCAUUUUAAUAUAGAUAUUAAAGAUGUAUUUUAAAUAUAAUUUAUUGUAUUUGAACAAAAACUGCCAUAGGCUGUUAGUAUUGUUAUUCAGAAUAAUGUUUAAUGACGUUGUUAUUACUUAAUUGGAAUGAAGUUAUACUUAUUGUAAAUUCAAACAAAUCAGUAUUUGCUCUAGUUGACAUUGAUUUAAUAAUUUAUAGUUUUAGCAAUAGUAUUCUUAUUUUGAAUCGCCAUAUAAUUAUGAAGGAUAGAAUAGAUAUUUACUACUUAUUCCAUUGGCAUUAUGUUUUUGGUUUAAAUCAAUAUGUUUUUUUUUUUUAUAUUCAUAAAUAAAGAAUUUUAGCACAA